AGAUAAAGGCUACUGUGAUUGGCUAAGAAAAGUGCGAGCAAUAAUCAUAGAUGAAUGUUCGAUAGUUAAUGAUGACCUUCUCGAUUCUAUCAUCCACCUAUUUACAAGAAGUGGAAUAACUGAAUUGGGUAAAGUUCAUUUCAUAAUCACUGGUGACUUUUUCCAACUUCCACCAGCAUCGGGUGGAAAGGAUAUGAUAAUAACCGGGCUCGAUACAUCAGAUUACAUAAAGGAGAUUCGUAAUAUCGAUCCUAGCUUACGAAUGAUAAAACAAAUGACAAGUAGUCAAGAUUCAAGAGUAGGAGAACUUCUGAAGAAACACAAGACUCUUGAGCUUUUGUUCAUGAAUCAUACACAAUCUGAAUAUGUAUUACGAUUACGAUUGAACUGCCGUAUUAUGGUCAUUCAGAAUUACUCAGAAUCAGUUGUCAAUGGAUCAUCAGGAGUGUUCAUUGGAUGGUCGACCAAGAUCCAAUCACAGAAGGAGAAAGGGGAUCCUGUGAUAAGAGUAAAAAGAGAAUGUAAAUAUCAUAAUCUUGAUAUCGAUAAUGGAGAAAGGUAUUUUGACCACGACAUGAUUAUUCGACUCGAUGACACCAAGAAAGAAGUUAUGAUCGGUGUCUGUGAAAUGACCAAGGAAGAUGAUAAUGAGAAG